UAUUAUUUAGUCUGAAUCAUUGAUAACACAAUCAUAGCUUUACAGAAACCGUUCCGCUAUAUAUUGUGUCAGGUAUGGAAGAUGUUUAUCAUAAUUCAGUGCUUGCUUCACUGUACAGACGUAAAAUAUUGCAAAAAAGAUGAAAACCCUGAUCUUCUUGGUGCUCGCGGUUCUUGGAGCCAAUGCUGCCGUGGUGAAGUCACCUGCUGCGAGGUCUAACCUCAACGUUGGAUUCAUCGCUACUGGAGACAGACUUUUGCAUAGCUCUUACGUCUACCGCCCCGCCAUGGCCAACGCGAUCCAGUCCGAAAAUGUCUCCUUUAACGGCAACCGUACCACAAGGAUCACCGCAGUGCAGGCGACAGAAGUAGGAGCCACCCAGUUCGCGUCCGCUUGGAUUUUCUCUGGAGGCAUUGGCCAGAACAGUGUCACUGUCAGAUUCCAAUCCUCUGUUGGAAGAGGUUACUACUACCUCCUCAGGGUUUGGGGACGUUAAAAAUACUCGAUUUUCAAAACGACGCGAGGCAACGGUUUGGUUAUAUAUAUAUCGAUUCGUUUAUAAAUAAAUUACUUUAAAGAA